CUCCAGAUAAUUGUAUAAUGUAUGGCCAGCCUAAGUCUCUUCCAAGUCUACAGGACCUGGCAGAGAUGGUCAUGGCCAGGGGCGGACUGACAACUCAUGGGGCCCCCGGGCAAUAGAGGAUCAUGGGACCCCCGUGUCCUCGCCCACACCCAAAAAAGCCUAUAAAAGGUACCAGGGGCAUCUCAUGGGGCCCACUACUGACACCAGGCCUUCGGGCAGUGCCCGAGUGCUCAAAUGGUCAGCCCGCCCCUGCUUGGAAGUACUAA